GUUUCUGUCCGGCUCUUUCGUACUUCCGGGUGAAGACUUGGUAAACAUGGCCGGCUCUGACUCUGUGCGGGAAGAGAAGUUUAGUUUGAAAGAAGUUCUGAUCACUUUUCAGUCAUGUCUCACCGACAACCAAGAAAUUCUCACCGACAGCUACGUGAGUGGAUGGAGGGGUCUUGUUAGGUUUAUGAACAGCCUCGGCUCAAUCUUUUCCUUCAUCUCCAAAGACGCAGUGAACAAAAUCCAGAUCAUGGUGACCCACCGGACGGGGGAGAAUGGGGAGAAAUACGAGACUCUUCAGUCUAUGGUGAAGUAUGAGCUGGAUAACAACCUUGUGGACCUGCAGAGGAGAGCGGAGCACCCCGAGUCCGGGUGCCGGACGCUCCUGCGCCUGCACCGCGCCCUGCGCUGGUUGGAACUCUUCCUGGAGAAGCUGAGGACCAGCACAGAGGACAGCAAGACUUCAGUCAUGUGCACCGAUGCCUACAACGACUCCCUGGCCCAGCACCACGCCUGGAUCAUCCGCAAAGCAGCAACUGUGGCGUUCUGUGCUCUGCCCGGAAGAGCUGCCUUCUUUCAAACUAUGAAUGUGGGCUCCACCGAGCAAGUGGUUGCCAUGUUAGGAGAAGCGAUGCCCUUUAUCUCCAAAGUCUACGAGAUUACAGAGGAGCUGUAUAAACAACACAACCUGCUUGAAUUACCUUAAAAUUAGAGCUAGGAAAUCAUUCAGUAAUUACACUGCUAAAUAAAGGAUCUAGACUAAGUUUC